CUAUAAGGGAAACGUGUAAUGGGCAACAAACCCAUCAUAUAAUUAUUGUAUCAAGAACAGAUCAAUAAACCAAGAUGGUCCCUAUGGUUUUAAUUCAGCCUAUGACAUUAAUAGUGGUUUUACUGUUCUCCAUACAGUUUACACACAGCGCCAAGAUCCAAUUACGCUGUUAUAACCUGACCGGAACCACAGAGGCAAUAUCAUCUCAUGGAAAUCUUCGAUAUCGAAAUGAAGGACAUGUUCGCACAAGACACAGUAGUCAUCAUCGUCACAAUCAUUUGAAAGAUCCAUAUUCGCGUUGGCACGAUAACAAAUGCACUAGGCAGUGCGUGGAAUGUUAUUUUGGCAAAGAGGGUCCCGCUCGCUUGGAUUUGAGUAGCUUGUCAGUCCCAUGUCCGAUGCUUCCAGGAUGCGGACCAGCGGAGACAGGAUGCUUUUGUAAGCUUUUGGCCUUAAAUAUGGGAGCUGUGAGCUGUGGUGAAGCAUGCGGGGAUGAAAGCGAUUGCAGGACAAGAGGGCAUCAGGAAAGAGGGUGUACCAGUUGCAGGGUAUUGAAGGAGGUGGCGCAGGCGACAGACACUGAGAAGCCGAUCAAAAGAUGCUGGUACCCGUAGUACAGGUUUCAGAACAUGUAUACAACAGGCUCUAGGCAGGACACUCAUUCACAAAAGGCGGUUGCUGUUUGUUCGGUGCUCUGUUGCCUGUUUCUUUCCCGUCCUGUCCCGCUCUCACGAUUUCAUCUCUAUUUCGCAAAUACUUGGAUCGAGGCAUAGAAUAAACAGGGCUGCAAAGCCCGAAAAUACUCAUUGGAUUGAGAACUCUCGCUUAAAUUGUUCAGGGAAGGAUGCACCAGUAGGAGG